AUGCCUGCCCACGGAUCGGGGCACAAACCUGGGGGCGUCCAUCACAGCCCCGCUGGUGUCAAAGGAAGCAUCUUUCAAGAGGAGCGGCAGUGCCAGCUGCCCUCCAGCAGAGACCUGGCAAAGCCGGGCAUCCCCAGCUCCCUGGCAUUGCUCCUGCGUGCGGGGGUGCUCCCACCCAUUCCCUCUGAUGUGGAUUCUCUGGUGUGCGCUAAGGGCUGGGUCCCCACUGUAGUCCCAACGCCCUGGUCCCCACGAGGAAGAGGAGGGGGCACGCAGAGUGCCCAGGGGAACAAGCAGAUACAGCGGGAACAAACAGCUGCCGCUCAGCCAGGAAGGCUCCUUGUGCGCUCCGCUGCCCCCUUAUCGCCGGGAUUGGCCCCUCCUGAUUGCGCGCCCUGUUCCCCGCAGAUUAAAUACACCGGCUUCAGGGACCGGCCGCACGAGGAGAGGCAGGCCCGCUUCCAGAACGCCUGCCGCGACGGCCGCUCCGAGAUCGCUUUUGUGGCCACAGGAACCAAUCUGUCUCUCCAGUUUUUUCCGGCCAGCUGGCAGGGGGAGCAGCGACAGACACCGACCCGGGAAUAUGUCGACUUUGAAAGAGAAGGAGGCAAGGUGUACUUGAAGGCACCUAUGAUUCUCAAUGGUGUCUGUGUAAUCUGGAAAGGCUGGAUAGAUCUACAGAGACUGGAUGGUAUGGGCUGCCUGGAAUUUGAUGAAGAGCGAGCGCAGCAGGAGGAUGCAUUGGCACAACAAGCCUUUGAGGAGGCUCGACGAAGAACUCGUGAAUUCGAGGAUAGAGACCGGUCUCAUCGGGAGGAAAUGGAGGCAAGAAGACAGCAAGACCCUAGUCCUGGCUCUAACCUGGGCAGUGGUGAUGAUCUCAAACUACGUUAAUCGGCGGCAGCAGGCGUCCCACGGGUCUGCACACAUGCAUUGCUUCUACUUGGCAAAGGAUUGAAUAAAAGACCAGAAACUGUGAUAACUGGGUAUAUUAUGGUCUGUUUCCUGACCUGCGGCAGUCAAAGUCACCACGAACUGCCAUGGUUUGCACUAUGUUUAUGUUACAAUACCUGCAUUUCCCAUUUGAAGCAUGUAGCCAGUGGCAAUUCAAAAUUUUGUUUUUCUAUGCAAACUUAUUUUUGUUGGCACUAUUUUAGUGAAAUGGAAACUUAUGCAGCUAUAAAACCAUUUUUCUCAACUGUAAUAAAAAUUGUCACUUAAAAAUAGGUCAAGAUAUUACAGAUUUAGAACAACUUUUGGUUUUGUUUUUGGGUGUUUUUUUUUGUAAACUGCUGGAAGCCAAUGCAUUCCAAGCUUAAUUUUUUAAUAUGGGCUUUUGGAAAUUUGAUUGUCCUUAUUGUGUUCCUGCUUUA